AUGGCCGCCAGCCAAGGAGCUGUCUCCUUCGAUGCCAUCAUCCAAGCGGAUCGCAAAAAGAGAAAGAAUGAAGAACUCGCGAGCAAAAUCCUUGGUAAAAGCAGAAAGACUGUCGCCACAGGCGCGGGAGCUGGAAGCAAGUCUCAGAAAGCAAAGCCAGGGAGUCUCGCCAGUCGAAUUGGGGUCGUUAAGCCUUCCGCAUCAGCUACAUCGAAAACUACGAAGACUCAUCGCACUCAGUCAGCGCCAGUACGAGCAGCAAACUCGCAACCAAAACGCACCAGCAAACGUCGCCCAGACGAGGAGCGCCUUCUUUCAGCGCUCAAUCCAGCGAGUGGACAAUCAACGGUGCGCGACAAUCCUGUUGGUAUAACUAUUCGAGGAGCAGGGUCAGGAUCUUUUGUCGUGAUUGGGAGCAAUUUCGCUCCAGGCACCACGGCAGCAGACAUCCAAUCCGCUAUUGAACCGUUAUCGGGACAGAUAUUGAGCUGUUGGAUCGUCUCGCAGCAUCCUACUGUCACGGCCGAGAUCACAUUUGCCGACAAAUGGUCCGCAGAAAACGCCAUCGCCAACUUCCACAACCAAAAGGCUGACGGCAGAAUUUUGUCCUUGCGGUUCAAGCACUCCACGGCCGAACCGACACCUUCUCAGCACGUGCAGAAUCCUCAGUCCUCAUUCAGCAAUCUACGAGAGCAAGCGGAUCGCGAGCGUCGAGUCAACCGGAAAACGGAACCUGCCGUGCAGGAUGGAAGAUACGGUUUCGCUGAAGGAGAUGACCUGCUUUCUCGGGACGAUUCUCGAGGCAAUGGCCGUUUCAACAGACGCAAUGCGAGAGGCAACCGAGCGUACGGACGAGCUGGCAGACAAACAAACCAGAAUACGCAAGAGACUGGACUUUAUAGCGAUCAGAUGAUGGCCGAUGCACCCACACAGAACUCCGGCCAUAGGGGUGGACGGCGCCGAUGA